AUGCAGCAGAGGAAGCUCCCUACGAGAUCUCAGUGCCUUUUUGUUGUCAAUCUCCUGGAGGCCGAGGCCAACACCGCCCAGGCUCGCCGGGACCAUCACCUGCAGCUGCUAAGAUCGCACAUGAUUACCUUGUUUGAUGGCGACGAGAUGGAACCAGCGGCAUCAAUCAUAGUAAAAGCGGCACCCAGGCUUGAAAAACCCCUUCAGGAUAAUCUUUCACGACCAGUGAAAGUGGUUAUUCGGGCAGAAAGCGAGGCCAAAGCGAUACUCCAGCAGACCCAAAAGCUGAAGGGAACUCCGGUUCGGUUUCUCAGGGAUCUUGAUCCGGACCAGCACGGUUAA